UAACAUGACUCCCGUGUACGUGUUGGGCAAUGCUGUUUGCUUGUGAUCGGGCAUGAUGGUCAUGAUCGUAUGGAUCGUAUGUAGCGAUACGUAGAUUUGGCACGUUUCGGUUCUUUGGGGUCGUGAGGUUUCUAUUUGAGAGGCUGGUAUAAUUAGCUGCAGCAAAUGCUUCUCCCUCUUUUAAUUUAUAUCAUAAGUUUUUGCUUUGACUGUACGUCGAAAAGUUAUUUUAUUGAUAAGAUAGAAAUGCAGUAAAAUGUCAUUUGUAUGGAAUUCAGUCAGUUUUAUUAGUGUACCAGUUACAUUGUUUAUGCUGCUUUAGCGAAAGCAGAAUAAAGAAUAUGUGUGUCUUACUCUGGUGUGCGAAACGUUUAAGUCGAGUGAGGCCAAAGAAGUUGAACAUAUUUGUGUUGCUGAAGUGAAAUAAAGCGCAAAUAUGUCUGCUGUCCGUGGGCCUGGUCUGUAUGAAUUCCUUAUAGAAGCAGAGCUUCAACAAUAUUAUGCAGGAAUUAAGAAUGAUCUGAAGGUACAGAAUGUUCCACAGCUGAAGUAUGUCACUGAAGAUGACCUCCAUACCAUUGGGAUGUCAAAGCCAGAAAUGCGGAGGCUAAAAAAAUACUUCCAGAAACAUUUCCCUCAAAAUUAUUUAUCUAAGUUUAAAAAGAUAAUCUGGCUUCGCAAAGAGGAGCAGGUACCUGCACUGUGCACAUUACCAGAUGAGUUAAUAGAUAAACCUCCAAUAAAAGUCCCAAAUAAACACAUUAUACCAGCAGAAGCAAUAAUUGUAAACAAGGAACUGGGAACAGGGGAAUUUGGAGUAGUGCAACAGGGAGUGUGGACAAAUGAUGGAGAUAGGAUCCAAGUGGCUAUUAAAUGUCUAAGCCGUGAGCGCAUGCAGAACAACCCAAUCGAGUUUCUGAAAGAGGCAGCAAUAAUGCAUGCUAUUGAUCAUGAACAUAUUGUGCGACUGUAUGGAGUAGUUCUGGACACCAAUGCCCUCAUGCUUGUGACUGAAUUGGCCCCACUGCGAUCACUUUUGGAGUGUCUGAAGGAGCCAUCCCUUCGAGCCAGCUUUCCCAUUCUCUCACUUUGUGAUUUUGCAAUCCAGAUAUGUGAUGGUAUGCAGUAUUUAGAGAUGAAAAGGCUGAUUCACAGGGAUCUGGCUGCAAGAAAUAUCCUUGUGUUUUCAAAGAACAAAGUUAAGAUUUCUGACUUUGGACUGUCACGUGCCCUUGGUGUAGGAAAGGAUUAUUAUCAGACUAAUUUCAAUGUUAAUUUGAAGCUUCCUAUAGCUUGGUGUGCACCAGAGAGUAUAAGUUAUCUACGCUUUACAUCAGCGUCAGAUGUCUGGGCAUUUGGGGUGACACUUUGGGAAAUGUUUAGUUAUGGAUUCCAACCAUGGGCUGCCCUCACAGGACAUCAGAUUUUAGAAGCUAUUGAUGAACCUAAUUUCCAGAGGUUAGAACAACCAGAAUGCUGUCCCAAAGAAUAUUUUAGCAUCAUGCUGAAAUGUUGGCAGCAUGAUCCUAACAAGCGGCCAAGAUUUGCGGAUCUCAUCAACAUACUACCUGAGUGCAAACCAGAGCAAGUACAAGCAGUGCAGGAAUAUGGAGAUGACCUAGUGAAAGUCAAGCAACGCGAACUGCUGAUGUACAGAGUUGGAGAUGUGAUCACUGUGCUUGACAAAGGGCCAUUCCCAAAUGUGAGUAACUUCUGGAAAGGCGUUCUGAACAAUGGGAAGACUGGGCUGUUUAAUCCUGCCUUCACAGUUGCAUACUUGGGUUCCAAUUUACCAUCAAACAAGACUGAGUUCAUCAGAGGUGAUGGAAAAAAUCCAUAUUCAUCUCGUCGUCGUUUGCGUCCUGACAUGAUUUCAUCCCCUCAGGGAGAUUUCAAACACACAAGCCAUGUUGGGUUAGAUGGUGCUUACUUUGGGGAUAUUUCUUUUCUUGGAGGCAAGUAUCAUCACCUGCCUCGCCAAGUUGUGACACCGUACAAGCCACAGGAUGAUUCUGAACAUCUUGCACUGGGAAGGUCGGCUUCAGACACAUCUUCUGAUCGUGCUCCACUUCUCACAGGAAAUGAGCCCACUAAGCUCACCUUACCCAAUGAUGCAGCAUGGUCAGACACUGCCAGUGAGACAAGUGUGUCACAGACAACAACAGGUGGAAGUGGGAAAGCUGGGGGGCCGAAAUAUUUGCUUGAUCAUGAUUACCACGAGAUAAGUGAUGAGGAAGGAGCAGUUGAGAGUCCUCGAUUUGAAAAAUCAUUUGACUUUGGUCCAAGUCUACUGGAUGAAAUGGAUGCAGUGUUUAGAUCUUUUGGAGACUCCCCAGUUCCACCACCACCUUCUCCAGGACUUCCUCCUCUUCCAGCCUCGCCUCUUGAUGAGACUGUGAAUGUUCGCAAUGAGCUGCGUGAAAUGGCAGCUAAGGUCACUGGAAAGAAGAAGCAGGCUACAGUGAAACCAAUUUCUGCUGCAGAUCAGCGAACCUUAGAUUGUGCAAUUGCAAUGGCUAAUGAACUGACAGCACGUUCAAUGAAUGAUUUGGACAAUGGAACACCACCAGAAAGCCCACACACACCCGGUACGCCUGGCAAGCGCAAGUUCUCAUUCCGGUUCCCUACUGCUGGUACUAAUAAACAUACUAGUCCACGUGCAGAACGGAAGACAUUCUCUGAGGAGGCUGCAUCUAUUCCUGACAUACAGUCUUCACUGAGUGCCGAAGCAAAGGAAGUGUACAGCAGCCUUGUGGAGCAACCACUCCCUUCCCCUUCCCUCACCCCUAGCUCUCCAUCUCUUGAUACAAAUCCUCUGCGAAUGCUCCGUUCAGGAGCAUUCCCUGUUGUACGACCCAGGGUUCGAGGUAACAAACACAACAGUGGGAAUCAACCACAGCAGCAGUCAUCAACUCUGCAGCACCAGCAUAGUGAUUCACUGCCAUCAACAACUGCUAGUUCCAGAAGUUUGCCAAGACUAAGAGUACCACCACCACCUUCAACAGCACCUCCCCCUAUACCUAUAGAAACUCCUGGUUCUUUUAUAAGUGCACCUAUGCCACUUUCAAGAAACUUUCCUACCAAAGUCUCUAAUUCAGACUCGAAAGAUUGUUCAGGUUUUGAAGAAAUGGUUAAGAUAAAUGGUGAUCAUCCUUUGAGUGGCACAGAUACUUCCAAAAGUCACCAAAAUAUUAUCCAUGAAUCAUCUGUGAGUUCAGAGGUUUCUGAAGAUACCGUGGUUGUUUGUGCUGAUAAUGCUGAUGAAGAAGAAGUUGUUGAGGGAAAUCCAAUUCCACUUCCUCCACGUGACAGAUCACGUCCAUUGCCACCGACAAAGCCACGACAUCAGCGUAAACACCCUCUUAUAAUACCAGGAGGUGGAGUAACGCGGACACUAGCCAAAAUGGUCGAGACAGAGAUGGAAUGUACAGCAACAGAAGAAGUAACACCACAGUACUUAGGACUGCAAACAGAAUCUCAACUCAUACCCGAAGCAUCUGAAGAAGCUACCCCAGAUCAAGCUAAAUCACCAUUCAGAACUCCAAGUCUGGAUGACAGCUUUGAGCAACGUAUUGCAUGCGAGUUGGCAGCACUAGAUGAUAUCCCUGGAGAAGCAGGAUGUGGUACAGGGAGUGAGAUGGUGCGUCACAGUGACCAUGUUUCUUGUGAAGAUCUGCUUGAGUUUGCAUGUGACACACCUAAUGCUCGUCGAACUCAAGGCAAAGCUAGAGGAGUAGAUUCUGAUGAAGUCCGAAUCAUGGGGAAAGUGUUAGGACCUGAGGUAUCAACUGAAUGCUGUGUUGCAGCACUUAACAUUUCAAACUGGGAUGUUCAUCGAGCCAUCAAAUUGGCUCGCCUGCACAAUCUCCUGCAAACUACUGCUGACAGUGUAGAUGUCAAUAUUGACUUCUUAGCAUGCAAUGAAGCUCUGGAAGCUUGCAGCUGGAAUGUAACUCGGGCAGCAAGCUGGGUGCUGGCCCAGGAGCAAGGAGACACCACCCAAGUUUGAGUGUAAAAUUUGUAUCUGAUAACACUGUAUAUGAGGGUUGAUGUAAAAGUUCCAGAAGUGGAUUUGAUGUUGGAAAGUGAAGUGUGUGAUAAUGGAUAUCAGUCAAGAAACUUAGUUGGCAACUCUUUCUGAUUUGAGCCUUCUGUUGGGAAGUAAAUAUCAAUAUUUUCAAGCUGGAUUCUUUUGAACAGGUAUUGACAUGUAAUUUUGUCCCUGCAAAUUAGUUCUGGAACUUAUUGAUCAGCCCUUAUGUGUAUAUUCCAUUCACUAAUUGAUACCUGUAACAGGGAACUUGUUUCCUACUGUGUGUGUACUGGGAAAACACAGACUAGCUAAGGUAAUAUAAUUUAUAAAAAAUUGUUCGAAAGGUGAUGACAGACGUCUGGCUAUAAGUAGACACCGAACACUCCAGGCUUAUGUUCAGGAGAUACCCUGUUUGAAUCUUAUCAGGGCUACUGCAUAUCAUAACUAAGGCUUUUUGUGCUUUUUCUCAGAUUAAUACCAGAAGAGUACCUUUGAAAUCUGUACCCACUCAUUCAUCUUCCCAUCUCAUUUACACUGUGUAGCUUAUAUGGCUGAAACAGUGCCAUUGAACAGUCUGAGUUUCAGUUAAUCACAUAGUACAGUACUUGUUGCAAAUGUUGGCGAGCUUUAAGAGGUAUUGAUUGGUCAGAUUUUAAUUGAUUGAUGAUUCUGGAGUUGCUUAACAAUUCUUUCAGCUGUGUAAGUUAGGUGGCAUUGAAUUUUUUUGGUUAUUGAAGGAUUGUUGAAUUUGAAACAACGUGAAAAAGCAGCUGUGACCUGUUUUAAAGUAAUGUCAUAUGUUGCUGUAUGUGACACGACAAAUAACUUCACGCCUGUCUUGGAUGUAGCGAUUAUUUAUUUGACACACUCUUAUCCACACCUACAAGUACUAUUACUAUCACCUGUCACGACCUCUUGACUUUUCUUCAGCACUAUCACAAUUCUCGGUGAGGCUUCUGCUGGUCUGCUUAGUGACUGCUAAAACAAAACUCUAUUCUUCGAAGGCUGGAAAUCAACUGCUACUGCUCAACUGAACUCCUUAGUCAAAGUCAAAGUCACAUUGCAACUUGCAGUCAGUGAGUCAGUCAGUAAUUCUUGGUGUCAA